AAUAAAAAAUAUAUAUUUAAUAAUUUUAUUAUAUACAAUUCAAUAUAUACAUAUAUAUUCAAUAUGUCAUACAUAUUUGAAUCAUUCAUUAAAUUGGCGAAUCUAAUUGAUUUAAUUUUAAUGGAUUUAUCAAAUUUUUUAGCACGUGCGUAGCAAAGACAGGAGAGCGACGACUGGCUGCAUAAUAUUAAUACACCUGCGAUUGGUCGCAAGUUGGAGGCUCGACUAAAUCAUUUAAAAAUAAAUUAGCACUCAGUGCAGUAUCGUGCGGGUUAAAUUGAAACCGGCCAGUGCACUCGAGAAAUUUACGCCGGUCGUUCGGGUUACAUACUCGUGUCGUUUGAAGUCGUUUCUUGACCACUAACGCUUGUGCUCAUAUCCGUGCUCGUUUAUUCAAGGAAUGACGCGCGAUUCGAAGCACGUGUGACCGAUUCGUGUAUUUUAUGCUGUAUUACAAAAUCAAUUGCUGUAUUAUCUACGCAUAAACGUGCAGACGAUAGAUCGAACUUAACCUCAAAGUCGAACGGACUCAUUUAUUUCUUCACUUAGGAUUAUACUUAGGGGUGUAUAAUUCUUUUUAUUUUAUUCAAAAUUAACGUGCUGAAAUAUAUCUUAGAUUAUACAGUAUCAAUGUGUUUUUUAUUGUAUGUAAAUUAUUUUUGAGUGCAUUUUUUGAAACCUCAUUUAUGACGAUGUUAAUAAUUUUAAAAAAAUCUUGACAAUGUUUAUUUAACAGUGAUUGUGACAAAAAGAAUUGGUUCACUUGUUGCUAUGUUGUUCAUUAAUCCCAGAAUGCAAAGUGAGAAGAAAAUAGAUCUGAAAGAAAUGAUAUAAUUAGUAUGGUAGGCAUACGUUAAAUGUUACCAAAAUAUAUAUGAUUUAAGACAUGUUAGUGAAACAGUCUCGAAAUGUUUCGUAGUUUACCAGAUAGAGUGGCAGGGCUAUAUUAUGCCCAUGGCCUGUUUUGCUCAUCUCAUCCUAUUGCAGUCAUUUCAUUGGCAGUUUCAAUUAUAUUGCUAUGCUGCUAUCCUUUGGUUAAUUUACCAAUGCCUGGCAAUACACCACGAACUAUAAUCAAUCAUACCAUUGUACCUGAAAACAAUACAGAAAAUUCUGUGUUUUAUGUACAACAAGUGAUAUUAAGAGUUGGAGUUGUACCAUGGACAGAGGAGUUAACAUUGAUGGAUGCUUUUAGAGGUCCACUUUAUGAAGUUUUUAAUCUUUUAGAGAUUAUACAGAAUUAUCAACAUCCAAAAACAUUAAAAACACUUGAUCAAGUAUGUUUACAUAUUGAAGCAGUUAAAAAAAGAAAUGGAAAAAAGUCAGAAGUUUUGCCAGAAUAUAACUGUCUUGUUCUUUCUCCUGCAAAUUUAUGGCAACGAAGUAUUGAACUUUAUGCACAAGAUACAAAUCUUAUAAAUACUAUAUAUUCCUAUCAGAAUCUACAAAAAGGUAAAAUUAGUUUAGCAGAGAUAAUGUUUGGUAUGAAUCUUAAAGAAACAGGAAUAAAAAGAUAUCCAAUGCGAAUUAGACAAAGAAUUUUACAAUAUGCAGUAACUAUUUAUUUAAAAAACUAUGAUCCUGAAUUUAUAAAAGGAUUACAAUAUAGAUUAAAAAAUUAUUAUCAUCUUCAUCAAGUAGAAAAUGAAAAUACUACCAAUAUUUCAACAGAUGAAACAUUACAUAUCUUUUAUCCUGGUGAAUUUAAUUACAGUGAUUUUUUUCCAUUGAUGAUGACAUUUUUUGCUUUGUUUUUUUAUAUUUAUUUCUCUGUGCGAAAAAUAGAAUUAGUGAAAUCCAAAGUUGGAAUAGCAUUUGGUGCAACUGUAACAGUGAUAGGUUCACUGUCUAUGACUGUGGGUGUAUGCUUUUUUUUUGGCUUAACUUUAAGUCUGAGUGGAAAAGAAGUGUUUCCCUAUUUAGUGAUUAUCGUAGGAUUAGAAAAUGUAUUGGUGUUAACCAAAAGUGUAGUGAGUACUCCAGCACAUUUGGAUGUAAAAAUACGUGUUGCUCAAGCUUUGUCCAAAGAAGGUUGGUCCAUCACCAAAAAUCUACUUACAGAAGUAACAAUCUUAACAAUAGGAUUGUUCACUUUUGUGCCAGCCAUACAAGAGUUUUGUAUAUUUGCUAUUGUGGGACUGGUCAAUGAUUUUUUUCUUCAAAUGGUUUUUUUUUCCACAAUUCUUGCUAUUGAUAUCAAACGAACUGAGCUUUCUAGUGAAACAUCUAAAUUUCAUUUUCCAAAUAUACCAACCACACGUAAACAGCAAUUUACAACAACAAUAACAAAUAGAAAACCGAAUAUUUUUCGAUCAAAAUCUCAUCCAAGAUUAAAUGGUUUGUCUAAUGGUCCGACAACUGUCAUAGCUCCAAAUACACAGAACACUCAUACAUUAGCUAAAAUUCCAAAGCGAUUACGCCUAGUACAUUUCUGGGCAAGAACUCGAAUAUUUCAGCGUGCAUUUAUGGUAUGGAUGGUUGUUUGGAUUAGCAUGAUUGUUUACAAUUCUGGUAUUGUUGAACAUCUUAUACACUUAAGCGAAACAUUAAAAUCAGAAUCAGAUAUUGAAGGAUACACAGUAGAAAGAUCUCAGUCCUUAAAUAACUAUAUUGAAUUAAAUAGUAUAAAACCAGUAUCAAUACCUUCAACAAUAAUUACUUCAGAUCAUUUAAAUAAACAGGAUGACCUAACAAAUAAUAUUACUGAUGAAUUAAAUAAAUUAAAACCAAUGGAAUUUCCACCUUGGAAUCGUUUAUCUCUUUAUCAUUGGUCUUCAAUUCUUUCAAUGUAUAAUAUCUCUGCCGCUGGAGGACGUAUAAUUAUAUUGCCUGCUGUAAAAUUAUCUCAUGCAAUCAGUACACAAUUAGUGAAACAAAUCAGUAAUCCAAAUGAUGUACAACAUUUUCAAUGGCAAAGUUUUGCAACUGCUGCUCUUGAUCCAUUAGAUUUUUUAGAUGUGGAAUUACCAACUAGAUCUGAAAGUCGAGGUUUUAAUGCGGAUACUCCUUUUAUUCCCUCUAGUCCAAUGGAAAUAUUCUUAGCAACAGUGUUGUGUCUCAUUAGUAUCAUUGUUGUUGCUUAUACAAUGGUUGUUCUUUAUAGAUGUGUUUGUUCAAGAAACUAUGCUGAAUGGCGAGCUAGUUGGUAUCAACCAGAGAAAGCUCCUGAUUCAACAACGCAAUUAGUUCUAGAAGCAUUGCCUAUAGUUCUUGAAGGUCAUAUUCAAGAAGUGGAAUGUAUUGCUACAGAUGGCAAUACUAUAGCCAGCACAUGUUUAGCUGGUCAUAUUAGAGUAUGGGAUGCAACGUCAGGCGAACAGUUAGUGCACGUAGACAGAAAACAGUUCUUUAGUAAUCCCUAUAAAAGUUUAAGUCAUAAAACGCCAGAUGUAGAUGAGUUAAUGUCAGAUUACGAAAGUGGUUCACCACCCUCAAGAGGGGAAAUGGAAAAUACUAAUUCAUUUGGAUUGUAUUCGGCAGCGUCGACUAUUCAUUAUAGAAAAUCUUCUCCUGGAUUAUAUAAUAUGCAUAAAGGGCAGAAUUAUAUUAGCAAAAGAAACUCAAUGGGAAACACACUAGACUAUGAUUAUCAAAUUAAUGAAUUUAACUUGGAAAGAAAGAAAAGCGCACGUAAAAAUUUAGAUAAUGUCUAUGAUCUUCCAGAUUUAAAAUCAGCAAUAAAUAUUAAAUUUUCAUCCAUGAAACAAUCUCCAGUACAACAAAAUUGUGAACAAGGAUUCGAUUUUGGUGAUCAAUAUAAACAUCUCUUUGAAGAACACAAUAAGUCUAUGGAUGAACUGCGAAAUUCAGAAAGUUUAGAACAUUUAUGUAAUGCUAAUGGAAAAUUAAAUUCAUCUGGCUUAGUAGAUAAUAUAUCUAUGUUGAAUACAGAUAAAAAUAUGCAAAUUGCACAUAUAGUAUCUCCUAUUUGGUGCAUGGACUAUCAAGAGAAUCUUAUAGUUGUAGGAUGUGCAAAUGGAAGUUUAGAAUUUUGGGAAGGUACUACGGGUAAAUUUAAGUGUUUAUUUGAUGAUGGAUCAGGACUUGGAAUAUCUGCUGUGAAAUUCAUAGGUAGUAGAGUAGUAGCAGCUAAAUUAAAUGGCUGUAUUGACUUCCUACAACUGGAAAGAUAUAGCGAAGGUCAACAAAUUCAUUGGGGCUUCACUUCCUAUAGAAGAACGCAUGUUAGAACAGGAAGUGCUGGUUCACCCAUGGAUAUAAAUAACAUUAUGCAAUCUGAAGAAGAUCUUCGUUGUAUGAAAAUUGGUUCUCAUAAAGCACAUCAGCAGGCAAUAACUGUACUCGAUAGUGAGGGUGGUCGGGUUUUAACUGGUAGUCAAGAUCAUACUCUAAAAGUAUAUAGAUUGGAGGAUCAAUUACCAUUAUAUACUCUCCAUGGUCAUUGUGGUCCUAUAUCUUGUUUAUUUAUCGAUAGAAUGAGCCCUAUGACUUCUGGUAGUGGAUCUCAAGAUGGUCUUUUAUGUGUCUGGGAUCUUCUAACUGGAACAUGUAUGUACAGUAUACAAGCUCAUGAUGGUGCUGUGGCAGCUAUGGCAUGUUCUGUAUCAUAUGUAAUAAGCAUUGGUACUGAUGAGAGAUUGUGUGUAUGGGAAAGAUUUCAGGGACAUUUGCUACAUACUCUUCCAGCACAUAGAUUUGCUUAUAGUUUGCAGUUAGUCAUGUUGACACAUCAUCUACUCAUAACCAGCAAUCAGGGAUCACUAGUAGUUUGGGACGUCCGAACUGGGGAGCCAGUGCGUGAAGUAAGAUUGGGUCAUAAAGAUAGUUGUAUUUUUGUAAAGCAAAUGUUAGUGUUAAGGGAUAGUGUAGUAUGUGAUUUUGGUCGACAAUUGCGAAUAGUCAGGUUCCCGUUGGUUUCCGAUAAAUUAGAUUAAGAUCUAUCUGUAUAUGCACCAUUGUAUAUAGCUAUUUCGUUUCGUAUUUAAUUUUAAUAUUUGAAAAAAAUCCUACCAUUUAUGGGGAUAUAGAUUUUUACAUGAUGUACAUUUUAUAUUUAAAAACUAUCAUACACGCACUUUUAAUAUGAAUUUUUUUAUAUUACUGACAUCAUAAUCUUAUAUAAUAAGUAUUCUACUCUAUCGUGACAGUUUAAGAGAUAUACACAAUAUAUUUAUCUCUUGUCACUAGUAUAUGUAGAUGAAGUAUUAUAGAAAAUUUUAAUCAAUUUUCGGAAUCAUUUAUGUAUACAUGUAUACAUUUAAAUCGGAAGUAGUAUAAAAUGCGAAGAAUGUAUAGUUAAAAGCAAUGAUACAAAAAUGAAAAAAAAGUUAAAGUAAAUCAUAUUUUUAAAUAAUUAAACUAGAAAAGCUUUUGAUAUCUCUGUUAAUUGUCAAAAAAAAAAAAUGGCUGUGCUAUAUUUCGAAGUAUCCGUUCUGUUUCACAGCGUGAUUUAGAAGCAUUUUCAAAUAGACGAUGAUUGUUAUCUUUUUUUCUAUUUAUGGUUUUUUAAAACAGAUUCGAUGUAUGAAGAAGUUGCAUUUGUUAAACUGGAAUUGUUAAGUUCCAUCACAGAUAUGAGCUAGAUAUCACUUCUGUGUUAGAAAAACAAAUACAUAAUAGAAAUGUUAAUUAAUUGUGAGAUCAUCACAUAAAUAAUAUGUAUAUUGAUUCAUCAAAGUAAAGAUUUUAAAUUUUUAUUAAUAUUAAACAAAGAAUUUAUAUCAAGUAUUAAGUAUUUAAUAUAUAGAGAGAUCUAUUUUUGUUUCUAUGCAAUUUUAUUACACGCACCACGGUCUAAGAGUGCCUUUAUUCCUUUUUAUAUUUAGUCCAACUAAAUAAAAAAAUAUUGUAGUAAAGGACUAUGGAAAUCACAAAUAAAAUAAUUAUGAAUAAAGCCUCUUUAUAACAUCAAGAAAAAUUUUCAAACUUACAAUUAUAUAAAAAUGUAAAUAUAUAUUAUUAAAUAUUAAUUCAUUUAAAACACUGAUAAAAUAAUAAUUUAAUUUUAUUAGCUAAAAGUUCCUUAUAACUAUUGAGUUGAACUUUUCAAAUGAAACUUUUAGGAAAAUUUAAUAUCCUAUGUAUCAAAAUAUAUAAUCCUGUUUAAUUUAUCUAUUUUUGUAAAGAGAAUUAAUUAUUCUCAAACGAACUAAAUGGGUCCUACUUUACACAUAAAUAUAUAAUGUAAUAUAAUGUAACUAUAAAAAAUUUGACAAAAGUUUAAACUAUCUUUCUACUUCAUGAUUAAUUAUAAUUAAAAAAAAAAAUAUAUGUACAUUUGUGACAUAUUUAGGAUGCACUUAUGUAUGAUACAAAAUGUGCAUAUCGAGCCAACGUCGUAUUUUUCUUUUGGAUGAAUAAUAAAUAUUCAUCUAAAAGAAAAUUGUGUACAAAAGCGUUCCAUUUGAAUAGUGUGAAGCUAUAUAAUAUAAAAUUAUUGUUGAAGAAAGUGUUUAAUGUUGCAGAAAGAGUUCUUAACAAUUAGCUGGUGUACAUUUAAAAAAAUUUCACAAAUUUGAUUAUAUAAUAUUAAGCUUGAAAAUAUCUUCUUAUAUGCUAAUGAUUAUGUUUCUAGCUUCUAUUUAUAUAGCGAUUAUUCUUAAUAAUAAAAAAUAUAAGAUUUUAAAAAAUAAAAAUAAUACUUGUCAUAGAUAAACAACUUUGAAAUUUUUGCAUAAAUAUGUAUAUCCAGUUGAUUGUCAUGAAAUUCUUUACUUGAUUUUGAAGUUUGGCAUGUGUGUUAUGAAAUGAAUGUUAAAAAUAGUAAUCUAUAUAUCUUUAGACUGAAUUGUAUAAUGAUUAAUAUUGACAUAUAAAAGUCUCUUUUAUUUUCUGAUAUAUUUAAGAUAAUUAGUUUAAUCAUUGAUCUAUAAAAUAGAAAUAUAUUUUUCUCAACCAAAGUUCUAAAUCAUAUCAGAUCAUGACAUGUUCAUAUUCGAUUUAUUAAUUGAAAGAUAUUGAAUAAAUAAGACAAAAUGAUUAAAAAAGAAAAAAAAUGCUUCUAACAGCGCAAAAGUUGGCUAAUAUUUAGAACUUUACGUAAUUUUUAUAUUUAUUUAAUUUAAUAUAUGCAGAUAUGUCUUACAAAAGAUAUAUUGUUCUUAAUAAAUUUUCACAUUUAUUAGA